CACAUGUCCCUUAAUAACUUUGUGCGACAUCAUUCGCCGUUAACGGAUACCAUGGGAAUGAAUGAGAAGUGCCGUAAACUGAAUCUCACCUGUCGCAAAAAGUCAGUGACUUCUCUUAUAAAACGGCAUUUUUUUCGUAGUAAACUUUAAAAAUAGUUCAACCCAAAAGUAUUUUUUAGUGUAAAACAUGUUGAAGAUUAGCAGAUAGUAUGUCGAUUCAUUAAAUGAUAUGCUGUUUCCUCUAAAAAGCUGUUUAUUCAGCGUUGUGAAGCCUCUCCUCCCUUGACAUCCAUUAAAAAAAACGGCCUCUGGUGUCCUUUCCCACGUAGGAAUGCCAGACCGGAAGCGUUAGCUAUAGCCGCUACGCUUUUUCGGCUAAUGGGUGCAGGCUUGCUUUGUAGUCGCUUUGGCUGGCACGCGCGAGCAGUGACGUGGAUUAUCAUCCAUUGCUGUGCGAAAUCAGUGAAGUCACUGCAUUCAACUAACGUUACUAAUUUACUCCUCUGCAGUGGGUCUGGACUAUUUUUUACCUUAUGUAAUAAGUGUCCAGUGAGGAGCAGCACAUCAACAUGAUUAAAGGCAAAGUUGAAAACAUUAAAGACAAAAUCGAUGGCAACGAGCUUGAUUUAAGUCUCAGUAAUCUUACAGAAGUGCCAGUCAAGGAUUUGGCAGCAUUUCCAAAGGCAACAGUUUUGGAUCUCUCCUGUAAUAAUCUAACGGCUCUAAAUCCUGAAUUCUGCAGCUUGACUCAGCUCAUCAAAAUUGACCUGAGCAAGAACCAGCUUGUCUGCUUACCAGAAGAAAUUGGGCAACUCAGUAGUCUCCAGCACUUGGAUUUAUACAACAACCAAUUAAAAAAGCUUCCCGUUGGUUUUUCACAACUCAAGAGUCUGAAAUGGCUGGAUCUGAAGGAUAACCCACUGGAGCCAGCAUUGGCCAAGGCUGCAGGCGAUUGCUUGGAUGAGAAGCAGUGCAAACAGUGCGCAUCCAGGGUUCUCCAGCACAUGAAGCUACUGCAGGAAGAAGCAGAAAAGGAACGAGAAUGUCGAUUGUUGAAAGCGAGAGAACUAGAAAAGAAAAAAGAAGCCAAGCUGAGGGAAAAGGAGGCCAGGGAAAAGGAAGCACAAAAAAAGAAAAAAACAGAAGAGAAAGAGAGGAAGAGAAAGGAGUAUCAAGCUCAGAUGGCUACUUCUGCGGCACAAGAACAACAGAAAAAGAAGAAAGAGAAGAAAAAGAAAGCUGCUCAAAAUCAAGGUAAAAAUACAGCAUCCGAGUGUGUGCCCAAAGCCAAGCAGUCCAUCUGCUCCCUGUUCUUCUUUCUGCUCCUAAAACUCCUUCUCCUGCUAAUUGUGGGAGUAGCAAGUGUAAUAGCAGUUUGUCAGUUGACUGAACUGAGGAAGGAGGCGUUCUGUGUUCCACUCAACGUGCACUUUGAGGAGACAGUGAGGUGGGCUCAGGGUCUGGAGGUCGUGCAGCAGGUCAUUCAGAAAAUAUCUGAUCUCUGAACAUAAAACGCUGUCUGAUAAUGAUACGGAUCUGAGCCUCUCAGGAGACGCACUGGGACCAAGUCACAGACCUGUCUGCAGAAAUUCCUAUGGAAUUGUUUCUUCCCUUACUGCAUCUUUAAAAAAAAAAUCCAUGUGAUAACCAUGGACCAGUUU